AUGCCCCCUAAAAGAAGAUUCGCGUCGCGUUCCAGCAAUCUCGUUCCGGAGAGGCCGUCCAAAAAGCUCCGCCUCUCAUCUCCGCCAGUGUCUCCCGCCUCAUCAAAGAUUUCCCCGAGGAAUCUAAAGUUGAAGCGAUCGCGAGUUUCGCCAAGCCUGUCGGUGAAAUCUGAACAGUCGCAAACAGAGAAAAUAGAGGAUACCAUUAUUUGCGCCCCGAUUGAGUGGGUGUCGAUUAUUGAAGACGAAAGUGAGCUGGACGUGGAGGAAGAGGAGCUGACGCAGCGAUCAAUACCUUUCGACGAUGUUUUUCAGAAUGAAUCAGUCAAGCGCAUCAUUACUCAGUUCCCGAAAGGCCACGGAUCCUGGUAUAUCCUCCGAUGCGAGGAGCAUGACGUUGACUUCAAGAGUCACCCACUACGAGCUGCUUCGGCGCAUUUGAGGAGCCGACAGCACGGCCGGCUGCAAAACACGACCGGACCAGCCGUCAUCGAACAUUUCGGCACAAAGGUUUUGGACUGCAACGAAAAACUGGCGCAGAAGAACAAUGCAGCCGCCUUGAAGUUUAAACCGGCCAUUAAGCAAGAGGUAACCCAACACGUGGAUGAGUUUGUACCAGCGCAGUUUGCACCAAGAGAGUCGGUGCCAAGGGAUCCGACACCAGAGGCAGUGCCAGAAGAGGCAGCACCGGAAGAGUCGGUACCAAAACAGCCAAUCCCGGAAGAGCCGGUAUUAGAAGCCGUACCGGAAGUAGUGCCGGAAACAAUAUCGGAAGCAGUGCCGGAAGUAUCAGUACCAGAAGAGUCAGCACCAGAUGAAUCAACACAACAAGAAUCGACACGAGAAGAGUCAACACAAGAUGAGCCAGCGCCAGAAGAGACCACCCCGCGCCACAAGAAGCGAAAACUCUCAUCAACACCGUGCCAUGUGGAAGACGAGGCAUCACCCACAAAGGACGAACCGAUGGAGGAAUCGAGCCAUGAUCCGAUAAUAAGCCCAACGCCAGGCAUCGUGUAUCUGGCCUACCGAGAAUCAACAAAAUCUUGGAUUCCCGCCCUGGUUUUGCCCCGGAAUAACCUUCACAAGGUCGGCGUAUCAACGACACUCGAAUCCCUCGGCCUGGUAGAAAACGUACCCAAGUGCUAUGUCUACGAUCCGGGGACGAAAUGCCUGGAAUGGAAGGCGCAGUAUGAAGAUGGUGGCUCUCUUGUCGCUCAACGGCAAUUCCCAGUGGUUUAUUUCGAUGCGACGGCUUUCCCGAGUAAGGAUGCUGCGGGAUGGGUGGGAGCUGGUGAUUUGCAGGAACUGGAUCUUUCUGAUGCUUCUGCGAGUCUCGAACCGCAUUUCUCAAUGGCUCGAGAUUUCGUUGCGAAGCGUCAGGGUACGACUGCAGAGUGCAAGAACCUGAGUCCUCUUGCAAUUCCAAACACAGAAGUUAAUCCCAAGACGCAAUCAUCGACACAAGCAACAUCGACAAAGAUUGAAAGCCCCGUAUUGAUGAUUUCUGACAACUUGCCUCCGAAGGCACCGGUCGUGGUAUCUGUUAUCCCAGAGAAGGAGGCCACCCCGCCAGUGGAAACCCCGACAACAGUGCCCAGCCGUGAAGCUUCUGUGGAAUCUGAUUCGAAGCCUUCAGUCACUACUGAGUCUUUCUCAGUCUCAGAGCCCGUUGAUCCCAAGCCCGUCGACCGCCCUGAACCUAUCAGCAACCCCGAAUCAGCUACCGGCCCUGAUCCUAUCGACAAAUUCAGGCCUAUCGGCGACUCCGAACCUGUUAAGGACUCUGAGCCGAUUAGUGAACCAGUUAACGAACCUGAGCUGAUCAGCGAAGAACCUGUCAGCAGCUCUGAGCUUAUCAGAAAACCGGAGUUUAUCAACGACAGCGAGGUAGCCAACCCGGAACGUAUUAGCAAUCCUGAGCCUAUUACUGUCAUCGAAGACACCACCAGUCCUGUGUUCAUCAAUGAACCCCAGCCGAUUGUCAAUUCGGAGCCUAUCAACAACUUCCAGCAUAUCAGCCACCCAGAGGUCGUCAGCAAGCCCGUAUCCAUCAACACUGUUCCUGCCAACACUUUCGAGCCUACCAGCGCUUUCAAGCCUGUUAACAGCCCUGAGCCCACGAACAUUUCCCAUCGAGAGGUAUUCAUUGAAAACCAACCCAGCAGGCCCAGCGAGUCUCGGAGCUUUUACACCCAAGAUGUGGUCAUGGAACACCAGUAUCCAUAUUCACCCGCGAGCACCUACGUCGAUCCCGUGCCAACACCACCCGCAUCAGAAGUCCAGUCUCAUCAACACAGCGUUAAACGCGCCCUACUCAACCACAUGUCAGCCGAUCUUUUUCAACUCAAGGCAAAGUCAACAACUCUCAUCUUUCCUAAAGCCGUAUUCGACCUAGAGGCAAUGCAGUCAACAUUGCCACCUAUUCAGUCACUUCCUAGCAUGCAGGGCUAUUCUCAGACUCUCCGACCCAUUAGUGAUCAGAUGGGAUCUCCGGCCCCUAGCAUUAGCCAGACACAAUCGUUUCCAUCUCAAAGCGCACCUUCGUCUGCGUACAACUCACCAGCACCACAACAUACACCAGUACCGCAGCAUGCGCCAGCACCACAGCAUGUGCCAGCACCACAACCCACACCUGCGCCCAUUCCUCACGCAGCUCCUACUACAACAAUCAAAAAGAAGACUGGCCCACGGAAACCAGUUCCUACACACAGGCCUGUUCCUUCUCAAAGACCUGUCCCUGCAGUACCUACACAGAGGGCCUCCGCCACGCCAAAGCCUGCCAUCGUGCAGAGAAGCGCCAUCACAAAGAAACCUGCCGCUCCAAGGAGGCCCGUCCCAACACAGAGACCUCUCGCUCCACACCGACCUGCCGCCGUCGAAGAAGCUGAGCCUCGAUUUGGGGAGACCCUCUAUGGCGUUUCCGAGUAUAUUCUACAGGGCGUGAGGAGAUGGCUCAGGACUACUGAGAAGAACCCCAAGAUUUCCGAAUUUUGUUUUUCUGAUGGACUUUAUCGAUGUCCUUGGUGUCACAAACGGUUUGCGCGAGCUGGAAUUUUUACGGAUCAUUUGUCUUUAAAGCAUGAUGAGCGGCCUAAGCCGCCGGAGAUUAGACCAGAUCACAGAUGAUCUGCGACUACAGGAGUUCAAGGAGUUUAGGGCGGAUAUAAAUAUAUUUAUUGUAAUGAAAUUUCGCACAA